GCUGGGCGGGGGGCCAUGGAGGAGGACCGGGGGUCGGCGCUGGCGGCCGAGUCGGCGCUGGAGAAGAACGUGGCGGAGCUGACGGUCAUGGACGUGUACGACAUCGCGUCGCUCGUGGGCCACGAGUUCGAGCGGGUCAUCGACCAGCACGGCUGCGAGGCCAUCGCGCGCCUCAUGCCCAAGGUCGUGCGUGUCCUGGAGAUCCUGGAGGUGCUCGUCAGCCGCCACCACGUCGCUCCCGAACUGGACGAGCUGCGCCUCGAGCUGGACCGACUGCGGCUUGAAAGGAUGGACCGCAUCGAGAAGGAGCGCAAGCACCAGAAGGAGCUGGAGCUGGUGGAGGACGUGUGGCGAGGGGAAGCACAAGACCUCCUUUCUCAGAUUGCCCAGCUGCAGGAGGAGAACAAGCAGCUCAUGACCAACCUCUCCCACAAGGACGUCAGCUUCUCCGAGGAGGAGUUCCAGAAACAUGAAGGCAUGUCAGAGCGGGAGCGGCAGGUGAUGAAGAAGCUGAAGGAGGUGGUGGACAAACAGCGAGAUGAGAUCCGUGCCAAGGAUCGGGAGCUGGGGCUGAAGAAUGAGGAUGUUGAGGCGCUGCAGCAGCAGCAGACCCGGCUGAUGAAAAUCAACCACGACCUCCGGCAUCGUGUCACAGUGGUAGAGGCCCAGGGGAAGGCUCUGAUUGAACAGAAGGUAGAACUGGAGGCAGAUCUGCAAACCAAGGAGCAGGAGAUGGGCAGCCUGCGGGCGGAACUUGGGAAGCUGCGAGAGAGGCUGCAAGGCGAACUCAACCAAAAUGGAGAGGAGGAGCCUGUGGCGGAGCUGGGCGGAGAAGAGUGUGUCUCUGAGGCGGAGAAGGCGGCCAUGGAUCUCAAGGACCCCAACCGCCCCCGGUUCACACUGCAGGAGCUGCGGGACGUGCUACAUGAAAGGAACGAGCUCAAGUCCAAGGUGUUUUUGUUGCAAGAAGAGCUGGCAUACUAUAAGAGUGAAGAAAUCGAAGAGGAGAAUCAAAUACCCCAACCUCCACCCAUUGCCCACCCGAGAAUGUCUCCCCAGCCUGAGUCUGGGAUCAAGCGACUUAAAGAAGGUCCUUUAAAUGACGGGUUUAGCUUCUUCUCCCGAGAUAAGAAGCGUCUGGCCAACACGCAGAGAAACGUGCGCAUCCACGAGACCUUUGGCCAGUGGGCCAACUGCCACCGCGAUGACGGUUACACAGAGCAAGGACAGGAGGCCCUGCAGCACCUGUGACCGUGACUCACCUCUGUCCUCGGACCUGAAACACCCACCACCAGGGGCCGCCAUGGAACAUGAGCACCUCAGGUGUCACACCCUCAAAACUGAUCCCUCCAACAGACUGUCUGCUUUGAGGGAGCACGUUGAAAAACUGAAGCCAAACUCUAAAGAGACGUUUAUUUAUACUAGGGCUACCACCGUUUCUAAUAGAUGACUCCAAUCCCUUAAGAUAUAUAUUUAAUAAGACCAUGAGCGGAGGCUGACUUUUGCAUUAACUUCAGUAACACGAGCUUCGCCAGAUACAUCACCUGCCGCUCUAAUUGCUGUUUGACUCGCUUUGUAUGAAAUUCUUUGUGUAGAAAUUUUACGAUCACGUUUGUCAUACUGACAUGGGAGGCAGGGAACUGAUAGGUUUUCAUUAGUUGUGUUCAUGAUAUUGUCAUGGUGGUAGCAGAAUAUUUAGGAUGCAUCAACUAGACAGGGAGGGCCUCCGAAGUCACAGGACACACUGGCCCAGCUCAGACACAAAGCAACAGAAAUCAGGGACAACAGUCCUCCCACCCAGAAACUGGAGACAAGUUUGCAAGAGCCUGUGGUUCUCUAUUGCACCUUGUUACCGAUAAUGCCUAGAGCAUGUAGCAAUGUUCAAGGCCAGUGCCUUGGAAUCUGCUGUGAGUUAUGCAGUACUAACCAAACAAAGUUGCUAAGGAUGAGACACUGCAA